UAUUGAACGGCGAUGUUCUUGAUCUUGAUCGCCAAGGUCCACUUUUGGUAGAAAUCUGUCAAGCUCACCAUUAAUGCCUCACAAUCUUCGGCAUCUUCUUCCUCUCUGAUUUUCCGUUUUUACUCAGUCAACCAAUGGCCUUGAAUCCUUCUACUUCUUCUUCAAGUUCUACUUCAACGCGUUUUCCUGCAAUGUACCGGAUUAGCCUCUGUUUUCUUCUUCAUCGCCGGGAAUGGCGCGCCGGAAUUUGCUUCGGCUGUGUUUGUCAUUUUCGGCGCUUGUUGUUUUGUUGUUCUUCCCUACAGGAGCGGCUGACCUUGCAUCGGAUAUGGCGGCGCUGGCGACGCUUCAGAAAGCGAUGGGCGCUCGGAGCCGGACUCGUCAAUGGAACCUCUCCGAUGAGACUCCGUGUUUGUGGUUUGGUGUUAUUUGCGGCGGCGGGAGGGUUACUGAACUGCGGCUUCCCGGUGUUGGACUCUUUGGUCAACUUCCUCUAGGACUUGGAAAUUUGACUCAUCUGGAAACCCUAUCUCUUCGUUCUAACAUGCUUUCCGGUUCUAUUCCGUCUGAUUUUGCGAACCUUCGCUCUCUCCGGAACCUCUACUUGCAACGGAACUCGUUUUCCAGUGAGAUUCCUUCUGUUCUCUUCAGUAUACAGAGUCUGGUUCGAUUGAAUUUGGCGCAUAACCAGUUCGUUGGUCCGAUUUCAUCUGUAUUCAACAAUCUUACGAACUUAGAGGUUCUGAAUUUGGAAGGGAAUCAACUCGAUGGAUUCAUUCCUGAUUUGAACAUUCCCUCGCUCAAAACUCUCAACGUUUCUUUCAAUCGUCUCAACGGCUCAAUCCCUACGCGAUUGUCCGAUCAACCAGCCAGCGUCUUCGACGGAAACUCACUCUGCGGGAAGCCACUGAGUCCGUGCCAAGGCGAAGAGAAGAAAUUAUCCACCGCAGCAAUCGUUGGUAUCGUAAUCGGAGGUUCAAUUGCAUUUUUUAUCAUCGGUCUGAUUUUGAUCUUUGUAUGUCGUAAAAGGAUCAGGAUUAACCGGCGGAAUGAUGCUCAGAUGACGACGAGGUCGGAGGUCAGGAAUGGCGGUGGAGGAAAUGGAGGAAUUAGGAAUCAGAAUGGUUUGGUGUUCUGUGGGAAAGGAGAAAGGGUGUUUGAUUUGGAGGAACUGUUGAAGGCUUCUGCAGAGGUAUUGGGGAAGGGAGCUUUUGGGUCAACUUACAAGGCAGCUCUGGAUAUGGGGAUGACCAUGGCAGUGAAGAGAUUGAGAGAUGUCAAAGUUUCAGAGGAGGAAUUCAUGGAGAAGAUUGAAAGCUUGGGGAUGAUGAAUCAUCAGAACUUAGUUCCCAUUAAUGCUUACUAUUAUGGCAGGGAUGAGAAGCUUCUGGUUUGUGAUUAUGCCCCCAUGGGAAGCUUAUCCCUGCAUUUACAUGGCAACAAAGAUUCUGGUAGGACUCCAUUGAAAUGGGAAGCAAGGGUUGGCAUUAUGCUCUCAGCUGGUCGUGGCAUUUCGUAUCUACAUUCCCGACGACCUCCGACCUCCCACGGGAAUAUAAAGCCUUCAAACAUUCUUCUCAACAGAUCCCACACAGCUUGUGUCUCUGACUUUGGCCUAAUUCAGAUUGCAAGCCCUACCCCCACUCCAAACCACACCGUAGCCUACCGUGCCCCCGAAGUCACCGAUCCACGAAAAGUAUCCUUGAAAGCAGAUGUUUACAGUUUUGGUGUAGUAAUUCUAGAGCUUCUAACAGGAAAGACUCCGAACUCACCGAUGCUUAAUGACAAUGGCGUAGACCUCCCACGAUGGGUGAAGUCGAAGGUCAACAAGAAGAAGACAGCAGAAGUGUUUGAUGAGGAGCUGUUAGGAAACAAGAAUGGGUCGGACGAAAUGAUUCAACUUCUGAAUCUUGCCAUGUUGUGUACAGAUCCAUACCCGGAUAAUCGCCCUUCAAUGGCGAAGGUGACGAGUCGAAUCGAUGAAAUAUAUCAUUCGAUCUUACUGAAAGAACAAGAGAUGAGCAAGGAUAAGUUUUAUGAUGUGGACAGUGCUGUUUCUCAGCAAUUUUACUCGGCUGAUUCAAUCAUGGUUCCACCUUCAAUCUAGCAACUUUACUCGGUGCUGCUGACAUAUAGAACUAGUUGAACAUAAAUUGUUUGUUGAUUCUUUGGAUUUGUUUCUUUGUCGUUGUAAUCAUUGAUUCAAAAUUUUCUAUCGUUAAUUAUGAAGCUAUGAUCAGUGUUUCUUUCGGUGUAAUUUAAAGCCAUUUUGUGA